UAAGAGUUGCUGGUGUAACAAUAGGAAGAAUAUAUUCCACUCCUCUCUUCUACAUGCGGCUUAUGAGACGUCUGUGAAGAACAUCUUCACCUUGAGCAACAGAAGUGGAGCUUCAGGAUGGAGCCACAGCCCUCCCACACUAAGAAGGAAGAGGAAUACCCACUUAUCCCCCAUUUUAAAGAGGAAGAGGAGGACCCACUGACACCCCGAUUUAAAGAGGAAGCGGUGGAUCCACUGACCCCUCACAUUAAGGAGGAAGAGGUGGAUCCACUGACCCCUCACAUUAAGGAGGAAGAGGAGGACCCACUGACCCCUCACAUUAAAGAGGAAGAGGAGGAACACAGCAUCAGUCAGCAGGGAGAGCAUCUUGAAGGACUGGAGGAGGUUGAUGUCACCAAGAUGCCAGUGACUGGUGUCCCUGUGAAGAGUGAAGGUGAUGAGGUCAAAGGUGAGAGUGAGGAGAAGAGAGAGGCGGAGCCUCCAAGCAGCAGCUCAACUCAACACAUGACAACAGAAGCUGAUGGAGACCACUGUGGAGGAUCACAAGCAGACAAGCUCUUAGCUCCACUAUCAGAUAGUGAGGACACAACGUCACACUCUCCUGACACUGAUGAUGAAGACUCUAAAGAUGAUAAGACAUGUCACACUGACAACACACACGUCACAUGUUCUCUCUGUGACAAAACUUUUAAAUGUAGUAAUUUGAAAAGACACAUGAGAACACACACUGGAGAAAAACCUUUUUCAUGUUCAAUCUGCGGUAAAGACUUUACUCAUAGGUACGAUUUGAAAAUGCACAGUAGAACACACACUGGAGAAAAACCUUUUUCCUGCUCAAAAUGUGGUAAAAGUUUUGUAAGAAAUCAAAGUUUAAAAGCACACAUGAGAACACACACUGGAGAAAAACCUUUUUCCUGCUCAGAAUGUGGUAAAAGUUUUGUAAGAAAUCUAACUUUAAAAGAACACAUGAGAACACACACUGGAGAAAAACCUUUUUUAUGUUCAAUGUGCGGUACAGAUUUUACUCAUAGUCAACAUUUGAAAAGACACAUGAGAAUGCACACUGGAGAAAAACCUUUUUCAUGCUCAGAAUGUGGUAAAAGUUUUGUAAGAAAUCAAAGUUUAAAAUUACACAUGAGAACACACACUGGAGAAAAACCUUUUUCAUGUUCAAUCUGCGGUAAUGAUUUUACUCGAAGGGAGCAUUUGAAAGUACACAUGAGAAUACACACUGGAGAAAACCCUUUUUCCUGCUCAGAAUGUGGUAAAAGUUAUGUAAGAAAUCUAACUUUAAAAGAACACAUGAGAACACACACUGGAGAAAAACCUUUUGUAUGUUCAAUGUGCGGUAAAGAUUUUACUCUUAGUCAACAUUUGAAAACACACAUGAGAACACACACUGGAGAAAAACCUUUUUCGUGUUCAAUCUGCGGUAAAGAUUUUACUGAUAGUCAAAAUUUGAAAAGACACAUGAGAACACACACUGGAGAAAAACCUUUUUCAUGUUCAAUCUGCGGUAAAGAUUUUACUCAUAGUCAACAUUUGACAAUACACAUGAGAAUGCACACUGGAGAAAAACCUUUUUCAUGCUCAGAAUGUGGUAAAAGUUUUGUAAGAAAUCAAAGUUUAAAAUCACACAUGAGAACACACACUGGAGAAAAACCUUUUUCAUGUUCAAUCUGCGGUAAAGAUUUUACUCGAAGGGAGCAAUUGAAAAUACACAUGAGAAUACACACUGGAGAAACCCCUUUUUCCUGCUCAGAAUGUGGUAAAAGUUUUGUAAGAAAUCUAACUUUAAAAGAACACAUGCGAACACACACUGGAGAAAAACCUUUUGUAUGUUCAAUCUGCGGUAAAGGUUUUAAUCAUAGUCAACAUUUGAAAAGACACAUGAGAAUACACACUGGAGAAAAACCUUUUUCGUGUUCAAUCUGCGGUAAAGAUUUUACUCAAAAGCAACAUAUCAAAUCACACAUGAGAACACACACUGGAGAACAACCUUUUUCAUGUUCAAUCUGCGGUAAAGAUUUUACUCGAAGGGACCUUUUCAAAAAACACAUGAGAACACACACUGGAGAAAAACCUUUUUCCUGCUCAGAAUGUGGUAAAGGUUUUGUACGAAGAAGCCCUUUGAAAAGACACAUGAGAACACAUGAGAAAGUGUUGAGUUGCAGUGUGUGUGGUGAAAGAUUCUCCUAUAAGUACCAGUGUAAGAAACACAAGUGUGCUGGUGAGAACAGCAGCAGCAAAUGAAGAUGCAGGAUUUGAAAUAAACUGUCAAAACUUUCAUUGUGACCUUCUAACAACAUCAGCACAUAGAUUCUAACAUUUAUAGGUUAGAUAUUUUAGAUUAUUGCUUUUUUCAGUCAAGUACAUGUUUUAAUAUACAACAUUGUGUACUUUUAUUUAAAAAUGAACACAACACUUUGACUGUAAAGGUGAGAAUAAACAGGACAAAACAUGUCACAAAUACUUUUUAUGUGUAUAGAGAUAUUCAGAAAUCAUUUUUAAUUAAUAAUUAUGUUUUCAAUGAACUCAUUUAUAUGAUGUACAUAUUUGUUUUACAUUUGUUCAUACCUUUGCUUGUGAGUACACAUAAAUCCCUCUUAGUUCAUAUUUACUGGUUCACAUCUGAAACAUCUUCUGGACCACUUCUGGAAGCAUAUUAUUAUUUACUUUAUACAUCACUUGAGCAGUUGUCUUUUAUACAAUUUUAAAAUGUGUGACUUUAUGAAUCAUUUGUUGGGUCUCAAUAAUCCAUUCUUUUAAUUAUCUUUAUUACACUCUUUUGUAAUAUGAAUAUUGUUUUAUAUGUAUUUCCCUUUAUGUAAUAUGUAGAUUACAGAAAAUGGCAACAUUUUAUGUGGAAGGUUAUGAAGGAUAGUUUUGUUUUUAAUAAUCUAC